GUGGUGAGGAGUGGAACCGUUAUCCGGUUGUGCACCUGAAACCAUGGUUGACACACGUAGUGGUAAGAGUACUGCCCCACAGUUCGAAGCUAGACAGGCACGGAUCGCUGCCAUCCUCCAGGAGAGAAAAGAGAAGAGGGAGAAGAAAGAGCUCCUCAAACAGGCGAAGUUGAAGGCGAUUGUUGAGGAGCAGGCGACAAAGAAGAAAAAGUUGGAGGAGGAGAUGUUAAGGUUGCAGCAGGAGGAGGAAGAGAAAAGAAAGGCUGUUGAAGAAGAAGCAGCAGUAGAGGAGGAAGAAGAAGAAGAUGAACCCCUCGAAAGGAGGCGUAGGGAAGAGAGAGGAGAAAGCAGUGGCACCAAGAAAGAGGAUAAGUGGGAGAAUAAGAUCAAUGAGUGGGUGGCUAACUUAUCGUUGGGAGAGGAGGAGGAGGCAAUGUUGUAUGUGCCUCAGGAGGAGAAAGAAGCAUUCGCCAGGGAGCUGGAAGCGAAGGAGGACCCCCUAGAACACCAGACGAUGGAAAAAGAUUAAAGAUUGGAGUGGAAGUUGCGUCUGACAAGGGAAAAGAAGAGGAGGAGAGAGGAGGCCAACCAGAUGGCAUAAGAAGUGGAGAAGAUUCAGACGUGUAGGCAGCAAGUGCAAGCCCAACGAGAAACCCCUGAUAAAUUAGAUAAGAUUUU